UGGUCAAGGACAACCCGGAAAGCAAGAGCAGUUAGAUGUGCGGUUGUAGUCUGUUUAUCUUUGUGAGCCCAACGAAUGUCAUUUUGUUUGAUUUCACACCGUAAUUUACACCUAAUUGCCCUCACAAAUGUCAAGGCGAGCGAACCGGACACCAAAUGAAGAAGCGGAUGCAGGCCUUGGUGAGGCCUUUGAGCUGGAGCAGCAAAACAACCGCCACCUCGACAGCCUGGCGGCAAAAGUAACAGCCCUGCACAGCGUCAGCCUGAACAUUCACGACGAUGUGAAUGACCAAAACAGAUUGCUAGACGGCACCUCCGAGACAUUCAACCGCUUUGGAAAUAUGUUUGACAGGACACGAUACCAGCUGACGCAUACACUGACAACCGCUAAUUCGAAAUUCCUCUUCUACUUGACGCUCAUUCUUGUGCUUGGUGUGUUUGGCCUGUAUUAUAUUGCCAGAAAUAUAUUGACGCGGGAAGGUGACCCUAGCGAGCUUUUGUAGAGGCGUGCUUCUUUGGCUCGCAUUUUUGUAUUCGUACUUUUUUUGGGAAAAAGAAGACAAGUGGACAAAUGCUUCUUUUUUCCAU